AUGUCUUUGACAUCUUUCACCAAUACAUCUCAGAUUCAAAGUUCAACCACAGUAUCAGACAAAAAAGCUGCAGCACAAAGGGCUCGAGAAAUGAGUUUUCUAAAACAAACUUGUGUUCAAGGAGGAAUUUUCACUUGCGAACUUAUUACAUAUUUCAUACUGUCUCCAAUGAUUGAAAACGCGUGGAUUCUUUUCUUUUGCACUUCAUUCGCAUGGGUAUCUGUGCACUCUUUGGAUGGAUUUGUAACUCUGAUGUUCAACCAAGAUAUGAAAAAGUUUGUCAAGAAUGUGAGUGUACGUCGAGGAAAGUAUGAAGACACUAGCCGAACUGGAAAUACAACUGAUCGUGUUUCUAAAACCAGCAAUGUUUUGAAACCUGAAUCAAAUUGA